AUGGCACAUGCUGAGAUGAGGGAGAUACAGACUCAGCUAGAUGAGCUUUUGGCUCAGAGUUUCAUUCACCGGAGUCAUUUUCCGUGGGGAGCGCUGGUUCUCUUUGUGAAGAAGAAGGAUGGUACUAUGCGCUUAUAUAUAGAUUAUUGUGAGUUGAAUAAGGUCACCAUUCGAAAUAAGUAUCCACUAUCGAGAAUUGAUGACUUAUUUGACCAGCUACAGGGAGCACACUAUUUCUCGAAGAUUGGUGUUCGUUCUGGCUAUCAUCAAUUGCGAGGUUUUCUGUCUAUAUUUGGACCAGUUCGUGAUCAUAUUCAUCAACGACAUCCUUAUCUAUUCAAGAUCCGAGGCAGAGCACGAGCAACAUCUUCAAUUGGCCAUAUUAUCAAGGAGGGCAUAACUAUAGAUCGAGCUAAGGUAGAGGCAGUACUUGAUUGGGAGCCUCCGAAGACUGUUAUAAAGAUUCGUAGCUUUUUGGGCCUGGCUAGCUAUUACAGAAAGUUCAUCCAUGAAUUCUUGAAGAUUGUCAUGCCGCUGACACACCUUAUGAAGAAGGGUGUACAACCACCAGAGUCUGAAACAUCUCUUCUUCCAAAAGGAACUCAGCUAGAGGCAGUCGAGUUCAUUAAGGAUUACGAGUUCGCGAUUCAGUAUUAUCUGGGAAAGGCAAACAUUGUAGCAGACACAUUGAGUAGAAAGUGUCGCCAUUAG